UUGGCUGUCUUGGACCGAGGGUCUCGGGGAAGGACUGCAGGAGAGAGGAUUCUUGAUGGGGCUUCACAGGAUGCGCAGGAGCUCUCCAGGCUACAGAGCGCAUUUCAGGAACUGGACUGGGAUGUACAGAGGCACCAUGGUGGGAAACAGCUGGGCCUUCCUGCAAAGAGGGGAGAGGCUCUUGGAGGUGCAGGGCUUGCGUUUCUCAACCCAGACUGCCUCUGAGAACAGGGCAGGGGGUGUGAAGAGCCAAUGCCCUGGUCCUCCCCACUGGCUAGCUUUCCGGGGACUAAGGACUAAGGCUGGGCCAGGAUUCUGGGGUUCUAGGGGCACUGCCUCCACAUGCCAGUGCCUGUCUGUUGAGUUCACUUCUCUCUAAAAUCUCAUUUUACACCACGACCCAGUACAAACCACUCAGAAAAAUGUUUCAUUAAAAAUUCGGCAUACUACAUGCAUGCACUCUAAUAUUUUCAUGUCUAUUAUUUCUCGAAAAACUAAAAUGCUGAUCAUGACCCACAGAAUUGAUUUCACAACCCACAUUAGUUGUGAAUUACAACUUGCUAAGGAGUCAGAACCAACAUGUAGAAACCCUCUGUUCUUAGCAAGCACAUUCUGGUUACACUGUGGGGGACUAGCACCAAGUCCAGGAGACAGAGGCUGGCCCAGACUAAGUGUGGCAAUGAGAUGCAGAGACACUUAGGAUGAAUUGGUUCCCAAUCCAUUACCUCAAUGGGGUGGGAGCAUGAUGGUUCAAGUAGCAGGCUUUGGAGCAGAAAACCCACCUCAACCAUCCUCCAACCAUAAAGGGUGAUGAUGAUUCAUGAAACAGUCCAGGAGGAGGAGGGACUUCAGGUUUUGUUUGAUUCAUUUCAGUGGCCCAACAGUGGCAUCAAGGACCUUGGCUCUCCCAUCUCCUCUGCUUUCACCCAAGGCUGGCUUCCCCUUAUGGCCAUGAGAGAACAGAGGAGCCUUCCAAAGUGCUCUCUCCUUCAUGGGUUAUUAGACACCAAGCUCAUUCCCAGAGCAGUCACGGGAGUGUGGCCUUCACUUUUGGCCAGAGACAGAGCCAACUCCUAGAAGGUGGAGGGAGACAGUGUCCCAACCUAAUCAAUGGCUCCCAUGAACGCCAGGGAAAAAAAGGGAAUUCCACUCCUCCACCCUAGGAAAGUUGGAGUCCUUCCUUAGGGUGGAGGAAGUGGGAAACAGAUGCUGAUAAGACCUCCACGGAGGUGAUGUCUGGAGCUGCAACCAGUGAAGACCUGGCUGCAGACAUAUUUGAGUCUUCAGCUCAAGAGUAAACCCCAGGCUGCAAUAAAGAUUUGACAGUUACCAAUGCUAGAUGGCUGAUGGACAAAGCAAUGACGAUAACCCAGAGAGAGACUGUAUGCAACUGAACCUUCAAUUGCUAAAUGUCUGCAGGGCUGUUGAGACAGUUGCUUUUCAGUGUAUCCAUUGCCUGAAAAUUACCAGAUGUCAGAAAAAUUGAAGGGGUCUUAAAUGGCAAUUUCAUGGACAUUAAGUGAUAUUAAAUUUUUUAAAGUUACAAUGCUGACCCCAAUAAAUUACUUAGAAACAGCAAAAUGAAUAGUGUGGUCUAUGAAGAAGUGAUGAAAAUAGAAAUUAGUUUUAUUUUAUGAGCCAUGUGUUAUAAUACAUAGAAAAAAAUGCACCAAUUACAAAGCGGGCCACAAAAAGGAAUAAACGUAAAGCCGACCACGCAGUCACCAGGGAAAGGGUGAAGACACGGGAACCACGCAGCCCGCCGUCCACGUGCACCGGGUAGCCACGGGGCCCUAGCCGAACGACGCGGACGCGAAGUGGGCAGGCCCGGCCAAGCCACGCCUCCCCGCCAGACGCCGCAGGAGAGCGGGCAGGGCGCUGCGCGCAAGAGACACAGACGCAAGCCCAGCGCCACAGGCCGCGGGGGCAGGGAGGACGGCGCCCGGGGACAGAGAACAUGGGACGCAGAGCGGUCCAAGGCCCCGGCGCCCUGGUGAGGCCCAAACCUCCCGCCAUGCCCCCGGCCCCAACGAGACCCAAGCCCCCUGCCCCGGCCCAGCGCCCGCGGGAGACCCAAGCCCCGGCCUGGUCCACCUCGGAGGCCUCUAGGACCCGGGGGCGCCCGGCGGCCCGCCCGGCUCCCACAAAUAGACUCCUGGGCGGGCGCCUGAGCCCCCAAAAUAGAUCCUCAGGGCCCAAAAGCAGACUCUUCGGCGGGCGCCAUGGGACCGGGAGAAGCUGGGCGCCGCGGGGCCGCCUCGCCCGUACCUCCACCGUUCGUGCGCGUCGCGCCCUCACUCUUCCUCGGGAGCGCGCGAGCCGCGGGCGCGGAGGAGCAGCUGUCGCGCGCGGGAGUCACGCUGUGCGUCAACGUCUCCCGCCAGCAGCCCGGCCCGCGCGCGCCCGGCGUGGCAGAGCUGCGCGUGCCCGUGUUCGACGACCCGGCUGAGGACCUGCUGGCGCACCUGGAGCCCACAUGCGCCGCCAUGGAGGCCGCGGUGCGCGCCGGCGGCGCCUGCCUAGUCUACUGCAAGAACGGCCGCAGCCGCUCAGCCGCCGUGUGCACCGCGUACCUCAUGCGGCACCGCGACCUCAGCCUGGCGAAGGCCUUCCAGAUGGUGAAGAGCGCUCGCCCGGUAGCAGAACCGAACCCGGGCUUCUGGUCUCAGCUCCAGAAGUAUGAGGCGGCCCUCCAGGCCCAGUCCUGCCUGCAGGGAGAGCCCCCAGCCUUAGGGUUGGGCCCUGAGGCUUGAAGCUUGAAGGCCUGCUGCCUGGAGGAAGGAUGUCCCUGCACUGAUACAGAAGGCUGGUCUUCACCCUUCUUCCUCACUGUCAUAUCGAGUUUUCCUUUGUGUGUGUGUGUGUGAAACAUAGUGCUUUUAAUUGUAUAUUUCUGGCUGAGCUGAUGCACAAAUUAUCUUACAGACACAAAAAGAAAUACAUUUGGUAAAACAUCGAAGACAAAUUAAGAAAAAGUAAAUAGUGAUCCUCCAUUAUUUACACUCCAGAAUCUUGAGUGUUUGGGGGUGCCGGCGCAUUCUACCAGUCUCAGGGAAGGACAUGAGUACAGGCUACAGUAAUCAGAAUCUGAGUCAUAGGUGAAAUCAGGAAAAGCAACUCUUCUUGUGUUUAUUUUUAGUAGUGUCAUAAGAACGGACUAGUUCUUCCUGCGUGACCACGGAUGCUUCUGUUUGAGAAAAUGCAUACCCACGUGGGACAUUUAGAUCAAGAAAGCUGUUGAUGAAGACAUUGUUGAAGGGCAACUUGGGUGAUUGGGGAAUUAUUCUCUUCAUCAGCCCCUCUGCAGUACAGCUGGAGCUGUCCCAUAGGAGUUCGGACAAUCACGGACAUCCUUUUUCUUUCUCUCUUUCUUUUUUUUUUUGUUUGAGACAGAGUCUCUGUUGCCCAGGCUGGAGUGCAGUGGCGCAAUCCCGGCUCACUGCAACCUACGCCUCCCUGGUUCAAGUGAUUCUCCUGCCUCAGCCUCCUGAGUAGCUGGGACUACAGGUACUACAGGUGUGUGACACCACACCCGGCUAAUUUUUUGUAUUUUUAGUAGAGAUGGGGGGGUUUCACCAUGUUAGCCAGGAUGGUCUCGAACUCCUGACCUCGUGAUCCACCCACCUCAGCCUCCCAAAGUGCUGGGAUUACAGGCGUGAGCCACCGUGCCCAGCCUCCUUUUUCUAUUACUAGAGAACUCCAGGACAUUAAGAAUUUCAAAAGCGAUUUUUUCACCCACGGCUUCUACGGUGACAGAGUAUGGUGUUCCUGUAGCGAAACAAAGCCAAGUUUUUUUGCUCCUUUCACUAAAGCUGCUUCAUCCGGGGAGGAAGCCUGGUAGAUUAUAAUAUUUCCAGGGAUAACAGUGUGGCACACAGAUAACAGGGUAAGAAAUUGGUCUAUAUAGUUUUCUGUGGGAUGGCCAUUCUCAAUGUUCUGCAAUAAACUGGGGUCAUUAAAAUAUCAGGGCUCGGAUGGAAGGUGUUGCACCAUAAAUGACACCUGCAGUGGUACUUCUUAAAUGUCUUAAUAUUGCAAGUGAGGGUUCCCAUUUUAUCAGAAAAUAGAAAUUUUACCUGCCCAAGUUCUUCACUGAGAUUGAAUGUGCUGGCCAUGGUGUGGACACUAUUUACUUUAUAAUGCACAUCUUGAUCCCAGUUUAUAAACUGGGCCUGAAUAUAUUUCACAAUUUCCAUAGUGACCAGCAGACUAAUGGGGAUGAGGUACUGUUAUAAGAUGAUGAACACCAGUAUGUCAAGCACAAUGCUGUGAGCUGGAAUCCUCUUUCAGGUACCAAAUGUCACCAUACUUUUUAUUCCAUAGCACGGCUCCCACGCAGCUCACUACAGACAUGACCAGAGCAGCAGGAACCAAAGGGAGACCUGCCCAUUGUCACUUUCUUAAUCUCUGAUCUCUUGAGGUGAUUUGACAGAAUUCUGCAGGAAUUUGGUUUCAAAGCCAGUGUGAACAACUAUGCCAGUGAUCCACUGAGCAUUUUUUUUUUUUCUUGAGACAGAGGCUCACUCUGGUGCCCAGGCUGGAGUGGGCGCCAUCUCGGCUCACUGCAAGCUCUGCCUCCCGGCUUCAUGCCAUUCUCCUGCUUCAGCCUCCUGAGUGGCUGGGAUUACAGGCGCCCGCCACCACGCCUAGCUAAUUUAUUUGUAUUUUUGGUAGAGACGGGGUUUCACUGUGUUAGCCAGGAUGGUCUCAAUCUCCUGACCUCAUGAUCCUCCCGCCUCGGCCUCCCAGAGCGCUGGGAUUACAGGCGUGAGCCACCUCGCCCGGCCAAUCCACUGAGCAUUUCUAAGCUGUGUACCUCUUAACAAGACCCGGUCAGGCCCAAUUGGAACGGGGCUUUUACCACCUAGGCGGAAGCUCAGCCAUUGAAAUGACGAUCAGGUGCUUCACGGUCUAUUUUUCCAGAUAGGCCUAACAGCUGGUUUUCUGUUUGCAUUUCAGCUGUUUCUGGCAAAGCCUGCCAUGUCUUACAUUUGUCUCUCUAUCCGGAUUAGAUGUUGCUAUAUGAACACAUCGACUAAGACUCACUGGAACACAUCAGGACUGGGUCUGCAGGAAGGAGCUCCCCAUUCGAGGCCUUCACAGUGUCACCCACAUUCACCUCUUUCCACUUAAUUGUGUCCCAUGAAUCCUGUCAUAACAGUUUUGUGUUCCUUAACUAUUUUGUCUGCCAUGUCAUUUAUGUUGUAUAACCUCUUUAAUGCCUGAAAUCAUAAGAAUAAUCAUCAAAGGCAAGAGGGUUGUAUAUUUUCCCGUUGGAGACACAUCUGGAAUUUGCUGCAAUAAAAUAAUAAUAAGAAAGCAUUGGCAGCUUUGGUAAACUGCAGAUUCGAAAGUCGAGGGAGAAAUGAGCACACGCUGUACUUGGCUGUACAUAUAAUUGUUGACUGUGGGUUGCAGAAAUUUCUCUCAAGCAUCAUCACCACUUUUGCUCAGUUAUCAGUAGUAAUAACAGCAAUCAAAACUGAAACUGCUCCAGAUGCCUGUCUAGGAAGUAUGGUUUUCCAUCCUUCCUACUGCUUUCUUCACAAGAGAAUCCUCCACCUCAGUGGCAGGCUGAAGGGCCCACUCUGCGGUCCUGCCACCAGUGCCCUCUGAGGUCCAUGGUCCCACUGCACCACGGCCGCCCAGUGCACUCGCCUCCACGCUGAGUUUUCAUUUUUCCCAGUUAAGCCCCAUCUUCCUGAAACGCAGCUCAAGAGGGUCUCUGUCCCCUCUUGAUGGUGGGGCAAGGGUCUGUGCAUCAGACCACACAGACCCCUGCACCACCAUCUGCUCCAUCCUCUCCCUCUGGUCAGCUCAGCUUAUUAAACAAGCCUUGGUCAGGAAAAUCUAAACCACUUAAGGAACUGGGCAGAAAGAAACUGAAUGCAGGGAGAAGAAGGCUGGGGAGCCAAGGACAGGAGAGGAGACAUAGGGGAGUCACAGGGACCUGCCACCCAGAUCCCCACUGCCUGAUGUCCUGGCUGUGGAGGGCACCUGGAGCUGCCAGCAGAGCCUCCUGCCCACCAGCUGCUGAAGCCACAGUAUAUCUCCUUCCUCCCACCUCCCGGACCUCUCACUGGUCUCAUCUGGGCACCGAACAUGGGAAGCCCCCCCUGUGACAGGCAGGGGAGAAGGAGGCUGUGCUGACAGACGGCCUGGUGAGGGAACCCGGGAGGCCUCCAGCAUCUGCACCCCUCUCCUACUUUGACCUCUGUUUCACCAACAUUGCACCCCAACCUAAAGUCACAUAGCUACUGUCAAGCCAACGAGGUGCUGCCUCUCCCGCCGUGUGAGGGUGGAACCCCAGAAGCCACCACUGGAGGCAUCCAAGCAUGUUGAUUCCUUCUCCAGUUCAGACACCACCUCUCCUGGACAUCCUGUGGCCUAAAGACUAUCCUAGAAUCAACACUCCUUAAAUAAGAGUGGGGGAAGAAAAGGAAAAUGUGUGUAAUACAUGUGAAUCACAGAUAACGUAGUCAUUGGUUAAUAUAUACAACUAUGCGUAUUUACAUUCUGUAUGCGGCAAUGAGUAAAAUACUGUGGUUGGUGCU